UGCUGAAAGUCUCCUAUCCUGAAAAUUGUGGUUAAGUGAAUUAUCUGUUAGAGAAAACUUGUUGCUACUGUUUAUCAAGAUGAUUGCAACACCUUUGAAACAUCCAGGAAUUCAUUUGUCUUCAGAGACAUCUUCUCAAAGAAGAAAUAUGCCUAUGCAUGCAGUCUUUUUUGACAGCAUUCCUGCAGGCACACUUACUCCUGUAAAAGAUUUGGCAAAAUAUCAGAACCCCUCUUUAAAAUUGAAUGACCAUGAAAAAACUCAUUUCCUAGAAAUGACAAAUUUUAAUAAUAAAAAAAUAUUUCAUUCUACCAUGCUAGCAGAGACUACCUCCUCUAACAGCUCUCUUGAUAUCAGUGUUAUAAAGCCCAACAAGGAUAGAUUAAAAAAUAAAGCAAACUAUGAAUCACCAGGAAAAAUAUUUCAAAGAAUGAAAGAAAAAGUACUGCGUGACAAGCAAGAACAAGCGUCAGGCAACAGUAGUUUGUUGGAACCACUGAAAAGUGAAAAGAAAAUUUUCACUCCCAAAGGAGAUGAGAAAAGAGUAUUGCAGAAUACCUGCGUCUGUGAAGAAAAGGAAAACAACAAAUCACUCCAAUCAGAUAACAUUUCACCAAGAGCCUCAGUGCAAGAAGUUCCUCUAGAAUCAUCAAAUAGUACUUUCGUUCCGAUAAAGCAAAAGAUUCAAUGUCAGCAGGAAAAGAAAGCACCUCUGCAUAAUUUAACUUAUGAGAUUCCAUUUCUGAACCAAGAACAUGAAAAUGUUUCAGCUGCAGGAUUCUCAAACAAGACAUUACCUAGAACUCAGUUGGAUAAACAAAUUCUUCACUCAAAGGAGAAUACAUUUGUAACCACUAAGUCUAAAAAGGACACCUUUGUUUUAGAAGGUGUUGAUUCUAUCAUUGAAAAAUCCCAAAAUACUACUGUUGAGACUCUAAAUACUAACUGUGUUCCUGUUAAAAAUGAUGAUCAGUUAAUGGUUUCUGAUAGUAAAGUGGCAACAAAAAGGACUUCACAACAGGAAAUUAAGGAAGGAAAUGAGAACUCAGUGCCCAGAGAGACCGAUCUUCUGGGUUCCAUGAAUGAUACAUGUAAAAUCGUGCUUGCAACUCCAAGAUUUCAUAUAACAAUACCUCAGAAAUCAAAAAGAAAUGCUUCAAAUCGUUCUCUUCCAAGUACACCUCAAACUCUUUCAAAUGAAGUUAAAGAAAUUAAGGUGGUCCAACUACAGGAAUGGAUGAUUAAAGUCAUCAAUAAUAAUACUGCUAUAUGUGUAGAAGGAAAAUUGACAGACAUCACUAACAUAUAUUGGCACAGUAAUGUAAUUAUAGAACGGAUUAAGCACAACAAACUUAAGACUUUAUCAGGCAACAUUUAUAUAUUAAAAGGGAUGAUAGACCGGAUUUCCAUGAAAGAAGCAGGAUAUCCAAAUUAUCUCAUAAGGAAGUUUAUGUUUGGCUUUCCAGAAAAGUGGAAAGAGCAUAUUGAUAAUUUUCUAGAACAAUUAAGGGCUUGUGAAAAGAAAGAGAGAAAGACCAGACAAAAACAGAAAACUGGAAAAUUUAUCCCUGACGUACAAAAAUCAGCGAAAAAUAAUGCAAGAGAAAACCAAACAGAUGUUCUGCAAAGAGCCAGCACCACUUAUGACGUUGAUUGUUGUCAUUUGGAACUGAAAAAUGGUAAGCGCAGGAGGUUGCCAGCAGCCCCAGAAUUAAACGUGUGCCCUGAUAAUUGCCAAAAUGAACCACGAUUAAGGCUCUCAGAUGACCAAAUGCAUAAUACUUGUCAAAAUGGAGGAGAAAAUGACUUAACUAAUCAGGAAAUAAUUGGAAAGAAAGCAUACAAAAAGUUGUCUUCAAAGAAACUUGAAAAUUGUGAAAGAACAAAUGAAAGGAUAAUUAAAAGUCAGAAGCAAGAGAGAACUGAAGAAUCGAAUGUAUCCAUUGACAUUCUGACCUUAAGGCAACCGUUUUUCUUGGACGAAGAAAGAAAAUGUAUGGCUCUUAAUCCGAAGAAAGCUUAUAUUUUAAUGACACCACUUAAAUCUAAAAAAGUGAUAGAACAAAAAUGCAUGAAGUAUAAUCUCUCUUAUAGCACCAUUAAAGCAGUUACAGAUUUUGCAGUGCCAAAGCAUCAAAAAGAAAGUAAAUCAGACUUAAAUGAAACUACCAGUUUGAUCAGUAAGCCCACAAAAACCUUCAAAAAUGCAUUUGAGUUUAGUGAGGGCCAUGAAAGUAAAAACAAGGAAGACUGCAGUGCAUGUGAUUUACUCACUGUCAACCAGAAAAUCAAAAUAUCUAGUCCUAAAAAAGAACAAAUGGUCACCUCUGACUUUAAGAAAAAUGCAAGGUUGUUACCAAAAUUGAAGAAAAUAAAAAAUGUGUCUAUGUCAUUUUACAAGCAGCAGUCCUCAUCAGAUUUGUCUAGUGAAGAGAGUGAAACAGAAAAGGGAAUUAGAAGGAAAGCUGCAGUUGCUAAGAAAAAUACAGCAAGAAAUACUGAAGAAACAGUGGUUCACCUGAGGAAAAGCACAAGAAACACCACAAGGAAAAUCCCAGUGAUUUCUGAAUCUGAAACUGAAGAAAGUGAAAGUGAAUUUUAUAUCAAACAAAAGAAAGCUAGAUGUUCUGCUAAAGAAAAUCUUCAGAAGUCUGGUAUUAGGAAUGAGUUUCCAGUUAUUGAGGCGAUCAGAUCUGAUGAGACAAACAGGCAUCCCUUUGAAUGUUUUCCUGGUUUAAUUCAGGAUGAGGAAUGGAAUGAGAAGGAAUUACGGAAACUUCAUUGUGCUUUUGCAUCUUUUCCAAAGCACAAACCUGGUUUCUGGUCAGAUGUAGCAAUGGCUGUAGGUUCUCGAUCUGCUGAAGAAUGCCAGAGGAAAUACAUGGAAGACCCCAGAGGAAAAGAAUCCCAGAAACCUGUCACUAAGAAAAAACCAGUUAAUCCCAAAGGCCAAAAUGGCAAAAUAGGUGAUGCUGAUAAGAAGCAAAUGAUUAAGAUAACUGCCAAAGUGGGAACUCUUAAAAGGAAGCAGCAAAUGAGGAAUUUUCUGGAACAGUUGCCAAAAGAUGAUCAUGAUGAUUUUUUCAGUACAACACCUUUGCAGAACCAGAGAGUAGUGUUGCCAAGUCUCCAGGACAGUGCAGAAGAGGAUGAUAUUCUGCCCAGUAUGGACAAAAAUCCAACAACUCCAUCAUCAGUUGUCUUUCCAUUGGCAAAAACUCCUCAGUGUCAGCAUGUCAGUCCUGGCAUGCUAGCCUCUAUAAAUAGGGAUGACUGUGAUAAAUAUGUUUUUCGUAUGCAAAAAGAACAUAAAAGUAAAGGUGGCAUUGUCUGGGGCAAUAUCAAGAAAAAAACAGUUGAAACUGAGUUUUCAACUCCAACAUCAAGGAAAAAAACUCUGUAUAACAAAGAAUUAGGAGAACACUCUGGUAUUGGAAAACUUUUCACCAAUGCUAUGGAGUCUUUAGAUGAAGAAGAGAAAGAUUAUUAUUUUUCAAACUCUGAUUCUGCAUAG